CUCCCCUCUCCGAGCGCCCCUGCCCUUCUCACGUGCUUGACCUCCCCAACUCGGGAGCCGCUCUCCCUGCCGCAGCUCCGUCCCCGAGCCCGGCUGAUGAUCUCAGCGGGGGCCAAGCCUGGCCGGAGCGAGGGCCACCGCCGAGCCCUGUCCAAGGUGCUGAAAGACCGCGCGGGCCGGGCAGUCCGCGUGCAAUGCGCUUGCCUCCCUUUACGCAUCGCUCUCCGCUGCGCUCGGGACGGGCUUAGGUAACCAGGCGAGGCGGCAGCCACGGAGCCAGCCCUGCCCCGCCGGCCACCAUCGUCGGCGGGGCGGCCAUCUGCGGGACACUUGGGCGGCCAGGAUGAGGCCACAGCCGGGCAGGAUCCCGGUUCACUGAAGAGGCAGAGAUGCCCGGGAGGGUGCACAGGCGCAGGGCCAUCCUGGAGCCCCUUCGGGAAGCUGGAGCGGCUCCGCAAUCCCGGGUGGCGUUUCCCAUCCACACUGGCUCCUGGCUGGUAGCAAGAAUCCGGAGCAAGAGCUGCCCGAGAGGGGCUGGAAAGGGACGGUGACCGCUCCGGCUUUCGCCUCUUCUCCUCCCCCCUCCCUCCCGCUGGUUCGGGACUUGGCAAGUUCUCUCCCCGCCGCCCCUCUUUCCGCGGGGCCGGCAGAAGGCGAGCGCAGCCCUCGGAGCGGCUUCACUCGGUCCCGUUGGAGAACGAGCGCGGCAGAGACACUAACCGGAGCCAGCAGCCUCCACCCCAUCCCGCGAGGCCGCCUGUCAGCUCCAAUCCCGCUCCCUCUCUUGACAGCCGCCCGACUCCGAGAACUUCAUCUCCCCGCUCGGGUCUCCAAUCGGAAUGCAAUUUCUUUUUAUGGAGGCUCACCAGCUGCUGCUACUCCUGGGACGGCGCCUGGACGGCACAGAAGGCACUUCGCUCCUCUGGGGAGUUCUCUUUGGGGAUGAGGCGUAGCAGCGAACGAGAAGGAAUCCGCUCCAGAUGUUGGCGAGAUCCUUCCAGCUGAGCGAGGCGUAGAGAACCUGGGCCGGGAAAGUGGUAAAUUCAGCCUCCUUGGACUUUUCCACGAUGUGAUUGAUCUCCUCUCCCCUCCGCCCUUCUCUUGGGGGAGGGGGGCGCCGCCGGGGAGCUGUCCGAGGUCCUGCAAGCAGACCAUGGUGGAGACCUUGUCGGUGGCUGUCUUGGGAGCCCCGAAAGUGGGCAAAACGGCCAUCAUCCGCCAGUUCCUCUAUCACGACUUCACAGAGAAAUACAGGCCCACGGAAAGCCGCUACACCUACAGGCCAUCGGUCAUUUUCAACGGGAACAUGUAUGACAUGAAGGUCAUGGAUGUGCCCUAUUUGACGGCCUUCCCUGCAAACAGCGCUCAGGAAUGGUCAGACCUCAAGAGCCGAGGGUUGAGGAACACAGAUGCCUACGUGCUGGUGUACGACAUCUGCAAUCCCGAAAGCUUUGAGUACGUGAAAAUGAUCCGUCAGCAGAUACAGGAAAACAGGACAAGCAGUGCCAACGAAGUGCCCAUCAUCGUGGUAGGGAACAAGCGGGACCAGCAAAGGCAGCGCUUCAUGUCCCGGCGGGCCCUUUCGGUGCUUGUGAAGAAAAGCUGGAAAUGCGGCUACAUGGAGUGCUCGGCCAAAUACAACUGGCACGUUGUGCUCCUCUUUAAGGAGCUGAUGUGCACCGUUUUGGCCCGGGGGUGCAAGAACAACCACUCUACCACGCGCCUGCAGGGGGCACUGCACAGAAACAGGUGCUGCCUUAUGUGAGGAGAUGCACCCUUCCAAUGGCAAGCUAGUUCAUGUGCUCUUCCAAGGGGUUGGGAACUUCUGAGUAGAGAGAUCUGGAUUUGGGAGUCAAUUCCAGGUAGUCCGUUUUGGUUGCCGUAGCCAUGUGAAAGGGCUGUGGAUUGACUGCUGUCCAAGAAGGCAACCUUGUUGGGAAACUAAGCUUGGUAACUGCUUCCUGUGGAAGAUUUAGGGUGUCCUUACGGGUGGCAGAAUGGGAGGCAGAUAAUUCUGGAGCACAGGCCACUGAAUUCACAGGAGCUGUCUAAAAGCAUGACAAUCCAUUUUAAUAGGGUUUGUGCCAGAGAAUCUCUCAGUGUUCAUAAGCAGAGGGGGUGGGGAUAGCAUUUUUCACUUGAGAGUCACAAUAUUUCAAACUGGCUGUCCUACACCUGAAUACAAACAGCUGUAGUUAGAUAGAGAGAUCCUUAAAAUGUCUCAGUUGAGACCAAGGGACUGUGUAGUCCAGCAGACCUCUUUUGCAUGGCAACACCCCCUCCCCACAGAAGAUCACCAGCAAAGUGGGAAGGCAACCGCUUGACCCAACCCCUAGCAUUCAGGAAGUGGGCUGCCUCUGAAUAUGGAUGCAGCAUUCAGCUACCGUGGCUGAAAACGUGAACCAGGAAGAGCCAAAGGCCCAUCGAAUCCAGCACCCUGUUCCCAGCAACAGCUGGGAAGCCGCCUCCCGGAAGGCUUCGAGCAGAUGAGGAUCUCAUGACUUCUGCUCAUCAAAGCUCCACUUAUCUCAGUGGCUUGUGGGUUUCCGUCCAAAGAACCCUCCAAUAUUUGAGGCAGUGUGGCUUCAAAUGUUGGCUGCAGGCAAACGGUGUAUGAUGGUUAGAUCUGACUAGCCUCCUUUGGAAAGAAGCCAUGGUCUGGUCCAGGAAAGCAAGUCUUGUGAUGGCUCUGCCCUUUCGCUCACAGGCAGGGCUAGCCCAAACUGUUUUCCUGACUGCAGCGGGAAACCUAUCUCUCUCUGCUUAAGCCACUACAGGCCCCGAGCUGCUUGAGCAUAGUCUGCUGGGUGCUGCUGGGUAUCUCCCGGCCAUUCUAAUGGGGCUCAAAUAAGAGGACUUUCCAUUGUACAUGAGAGAGCCACCCAUGGCUUUCCUACGCCUGACCAACCAGAAGCACCAGCUGUCCACACCCCCAGAGGGUCUGGCUCUUUGCAUGUUGCUAUUCAUUUCCUUGAAUGUGCGGGCCUGAACGAGGCAUGUAUGCAAACUGCAUGGUAUUGUGCAGGGCAAGCAGGCACUGAAAGGCUGGCCAUCAUGCAGGUGAAAGGCUGGCCACCAUGCAGGUGAAAGCAGCAAGCUGCCAAGCAUAGCAGCUUCAAGAAGCCACGGGGAGCUUUGUGAACUGCGCCCCCCCCCAAAGAGACCGAAUAGAGGAGGGGGAUGUUGGGGGGGGGGAGGGAUUUCUUUUUUCCAAGCCGAGAAAGGAAUCAAGACUUGCAAUUGCAGAAGUCCGAAAAGGAAUUAAUCCAGCAGUCACUUCUGCCUUCUCAGGAAUUUACCAUGGGAGGGCCUGUUUCUGUGGCCCCCUACCACGUACCACAUCCACAAGAGCACCCACCACAAAUUCACUCAGAAUGAAGGUUGCACAACAUUCUGUGUUGGCACUACUGCAAACGUGGCCAGCAAAUGCCCUUUGAACUACUGGGUUGCAUUGGAAAAGUGGAGGAGGAGGAGCGUAUAGCUGCUCUCCCCUUCCUGCUUUUUUUUUAUAAGUGGGUGACUUCUCUUGCCCAGUAUCCUAUGCUGGGCUAUUUGGCUUCCUUUGGAUUAAAAAGACCCUGAUGCAAAGUCUUGUAAAGAGGGGUGCUUUCUUCGUCUCUCAUCCUGUACCAAUCCUUCUGCCAGUCUGCCCCGUGGAAGGUAGCAGGUUAAGGAACUCCUCUGAAAUGUCUUGUUGGAGGUAGCUCCUCCUGUGGGUCUGUCGGGGGUAAAUCCCCCCCCCCCCCGCGUACAAUGCCAGUAGUGGUUGCUCCGCAAAAGCCCCACAAGGGUCCUGGAGAUCCUUGCGCCCAUCCCAGCUGAAAUGCUGCCCUGAGCCCAAUGUUGUCGAGAUAGGGAGGGAUAUACAUUAAACAAAUAAAUACAUCUGUGUCCCACCUUUCCAAAACAGCAGCAGGAGCAGCAAGCCCACCAAGAGAUUCUUCAUCACGUGAGCACAAAAAGCUGCCUUAUAAUGAGACACGUCAUUGGUACUAUUGUCUGCUCCGGCUGACAGCAGUCCUAGGUGACUGAAUUUCAUGUUGCUCUUUUUGACCCUUUUAAAUGGACACGGGGGGUGGGGGAGUUUAAAUCUGGGACCUUCUGCACACAAAACAGAGGCUUUAUCACUGAGCCACAAGCCUUUCCCCAAAGCUCCAGACAAAUAGCAGAGCGUGGUUGUUGUUUAUACAAUCACAGUGCGAUUGUGUGAAAUUAAGUCCUGGUUAAGGGCUAUCUAUCCCCACUGUGCAACACCAAGCUCCAAAAUCUGGACAUAGAAGAAGAGGAGUUUGGAUUUAUAUGCCCCCUUUCUCUCCUGUAAGAAGCCUCAAAGGGGCUUAAAAUCUCCUUUCCCACCCCACUCCCCACAACAA